AUGCUGAAAAUCUACGUCCACUCCAUGUCAUCAACUAAGAAGAAGAAGAAGAAAAAGAAAAAGCCUCCCAAUAAAAUGGCAGUGUUUUUGGCUCCCUCCCAUGAUGAAGGCAAUGCCUGCAGCAGGGUAAAAAAUGGCAACAAAAUUUGCUUCAAAUUUUUUAUUGGGUUCUCUGAAUAA